AGAACUCGUCAGGGGUAUUCGUGUGCGCAAGGGUCUCAAGCCCGAAAUUCCAUCUGUCGACAACUACUACGACAAGCUGUAAAGUAUUGUGCGAAAGUGCUCACGACCAACCUUCUGGAAUUCGUUCCUUGUUGCCAUCCCUAUUUUCACUACAUUCAAUUGUGGUGCUCUUGUAUGCCUGAUAAUUUGGACGCCCAUACCUAAUUGUUAGUUGGCAAUGCUGAGAACGUUGGUGAGGCGCCAACGCAUGACAACUCUCGGAUCCGGAUCUUUCGGAAGCUUGAGUCAAACCCGGGUGUUUGACGUUAUGACUUCGAUCGGUGCUUAAAAGGCAGAUUGCAUGUAACUGUAGCAGGGACAAUAACCGAGCAACAUCCAUCUACUCAGACAUGCCAGACGUUGACCUCGCCACCAUCGCUGACGUCCGAAAAUAUUUGUCUGAUACCCCAUUCGCAUCCCAUACCAUAAGCGCGCUGGCAGGAGGCUCCGCCAACUUCACAUACAGAAUUCACCUCAAAAAUCCAUUCCAGGGCAAGGAAACAUUUGUAUUCAAGUAUGCAGCGCCAUAUGUCGCUGCAUCCGGCGGUAAGAUGGCUCUCUCUGUUGAGCGCCAGAAAUUCGAGGUGGAAGCCUUACGACUCUUCCGCAAGAUGCACGCUGAUGACGAUGUCAUCACCGUUCCUGCCGUCUAUCUCUUUGACGAAGAAGCCCACGUCAUGAUUCUCGAUGAUUGCGGAACGGAUGCUCGUACGCUGAAGCAACUGGUGAUUGACGAGGCGCUGCCACAGAUAGUCGCCGAAGAAAUCGGUGCUGCAAUCGGUCGUUUUCUUGGGCGCAUCCAUGCCUGGAACAAAAACGUGUCUUUCGACAUGGGUAUUUUCAGCAACAACGAAGUGGGCAAGAUGAUCUCGGCCUUAGUUACAUACGGUCGCCUCAUAUCUACGCUUAGCGGCAGAGACAACAUCGCGGCUUUAGCUGACCCCGGUCUCGAUAUCCCUGAGGGGAAGCUAGCCGUUAUCUCGAAGCUAGCGGAGACCCGCAGCUUUGAAAUCAGUAACACGGCAGAAGUGUUUACACAUGGAGACUUCUGGCCUGGGAAUAUCAUGGUAUCCCUUCGGAGAGAGUCAGAGGGAGGCACGUUGAGGUUAGAGAAGCUUUGUGUAUUAGACUGGGAGCUGGCGAAGGCGGGUCUUCGGGGACUAGACAUUGGUCAGUUCUGCGCGGAGAUGCGACUGCUUCAGCGGUUCUAUCCAAGCCGCCAGGAGGAGGCGUCGAUGAUUAUGAGAUCUUUCCUCUUGGCUUAUAGAGGAAGUGGGCCUGAUGAAGCGCUGGCGAGGGUCGCAAUUGCACAUAUUGGAGCACAUUUGGUUGCUUGGACUCCACGGGUGCAUUGGGGAGACAAGGAAGACACUAGAAAGACUGUUGUUGAGGGUGUUGAAUUGUUAGUUGGAGGUGCUGAAGGGACACUAGCUUGGCUAAAGGGUAGUCUUGUUGGAAACUUGAUGUGAAACUCCGCGGCAGCU